AUGGAAUCAUCUCAAGUGCCAACGAUUCCUGAAUUUUUUCGUGAUCGUGAAAUUUUCAUUACUGGAGGCACAGGAUUCUUGGGUAAAGCGAUUAUUGAGAAGAUCCUCUACUCCUGUCCUGACGUCCAUAGGAUCUAUCUACUAAUACGGUGCAAGAAAGGCGUUGAAAUCCACGAUCGUAUGAAGAAAUUCAAAGACGAUCAGAUCUUCAAUCGUAUCAAGGAGAAAGAUGAGAAGCUCCUAGAUAAAUUGCUUCCAGUUGCGGGGGAUCUAAUUAGCCUGCGAUUAGGAUUGAGUGAUGAAGAUCUUAAGAAGAUGGAGAAUGUCUCUGUUAUACUAAACAGUGCAGCAACUGUACGAUUCGAUGAGACUCUUCAUGAUGCGAUCUUAACGAACACGCGUAGUGCCCGAGAGCUCGUACUCAUUGCAGAGAAGCUAAAAAAUCUCAAAAUUCUAGUUCACAUUUCUACAACAUUCUGCAAUCCUACGUAUAAAGUGAUCGAGGAAGAAGUUUAUCCUCCAUUGGCUGAUUGGCGUCAAGCCAUUAAACUAGCUGAGAAUCUUGAUGAAGACACACUGGACACAUUCUCGGAAAAAUACAUGAACUUCCAACCAAACACCUACACCUUUACAAAGGGUCUAACAGAGCAAAUCAUGAAAGAAUAUUCAGAGAAGCUGCCUAUCAUCAUCUUUCGUCCAUCAAUGAUUUCUCCUUCAGUCAAGGAACCUUAUCCUGGUUGGGUGGAUAACUUCAAUGGCCUCGCAGGAAUAAUUGCUAUUGGAUCUUCCGGUCUUGGUAGAGUUUUCUACAAUAACUUGAAGAUAAAUGCCAACUGCCAACCACUUGAUGUGUGCGUUCGAUCACUUCUUGUAGCCACCUGGAAACAUAGCCUAGCCCUCAACACUAAUCUAACCACCUACAAUUGUGCUUGCAACAAGGAGAAGUGUCUCAGUACUAGUUCCAUCUUCAAUGAAUUCUACGGUAUGGUAUCAAAAAUUCCCGUCGAUGAGAUGAUAUGGUACCCCACUGCCACAAUCACUCCAUACUACAUCUUGUACAAAAUCCUCUUUUUCUUCUUCCAAAUAAUCCCUGGAAUCUUCUUCGAUAUGAUCUUCAGAUUUUGGGGCCCCAAGUAG